AUACGCCCGUAUUGACCAGAUUUUGCCACGCCUGUUUUCGUAAGUAGAAGUUUGAUAAUUUUAUAUGCGAUCCAGUGUCGAAGCCGCUCUCGAGUCAUGCUAGGCCACGUGGCAGCAAGACAGCGGGAGGUGGUCGGAGCCGCGCAUCUCGUCGCACCAGCCACGGCCGCCGCCGUUGCGCUCCUGCGACAUACCCAGCGGCUAUCAUCCCCUUCCUCGCCGUUCAUCGCGCCGCGAGAAGCGGCGCCUCUUACUCCGUCAGCCGCUCCACUCCGCGUUGUGUCUUUCGGGGCAUCCGCAUCCGCCAUUUUUGAAUCGAGCGCGAUUGACGGCGCGAUCGACGGAGCGCUUAGGAGAUUCUUUUCGAGUUUGACUCCGAGACGCGCUCUUUCUCCUCGCAUCUCCCAUCACGCACCUGCCUCCACGUCAUCAUCCACGUCAUUCUCGCCGCUGAUUGGUCCCAGCAGCCGGAACUUCCACCGUGGAAUCACCACCGCUCGCAACGGCUGGGGCUUUGGAUCCGACGACACGUGGCAGAAUCUGGGAGCCUCCUCAUCCUCGCUGACCAAUUGGGGCGUGCGGAUCGUCCCCGAGAAAAGCGCUUACGUUAUAGAGCGAUUCGGGAAAUACUACAAGACCCUAGGUUCAGGCAUCCACCUCUUAAUUCCGUUAGUAGACCGGAUCGCGUACGUGCACUCGCUAAAGGAAGAGGCGAUCCCUAUUCCGAACCAGUCGGCCAUCACCAAGGAUAACGUCAGCAUUCAGAUCGAUGGUGUGCUAUACGUCCGGAUCGUGGAUCCGAUCCAGGCAUCGUACGGUGUGGAGCGGCCGCUGUAUGCAGUGGUGCAGCUGGCGCAGACGACCAUGAGGAGCGAGCUGGGGAAGAUCACCCUGGACAACACGUUCGAAGAGAGGGACAUCCUCAACACCAACAUCGUGAGAGCAAUCAACGAAGCUGGCCAGGCAUGGGGCAUCGAGUGCCUGCGAUACGAGAUCCGCGACAUCUCUCCCCCGCCUGGCGUGCGAGCAGCCAUGGAGAUGCAAGCUGAGGCGGAGAGGAGAAGGCGAGCGCAAGUGCUGGAGUCAGAGGGUGACCGGCAGGCCAACAUCAACAUGGCAGAGGGGCGCAAGACAGCAGUCAUCCUCCAAUCAGAGGCCGCCAUGUCAGACCAGAUCAACAGAGCCAAGGGAGAGGCGGAGGCCAUAGUGGCAAGGGCGAGGGCGUCAGCAGAGGGCAUUGGCAUGCUGUCCAAUGCGCUAAUGGCUGAAGGGGCCACUCAGGCCGCCAGCCUGAGAGUGGCAGAGCAAUAUGUGGCAGCUCUAGCAAAUCUGGCCAAGGAAGGGACCACAGUGCUGCUGCCUAGCAACGUGGGCGACCCAUCCUCCAUGGUAGCGCAAGCACUGGCUAUCUAUAAGACCGUGUUGAGUUCCCCUGCAGGUGCAGCCGCUGAUAAAAGCGAGCCGAGGAGAUACGCGCAAGAGGGCAAGCAACGGAUGGGAGGAAGGAGUGACAGUGAGGCUUCAGAGGAGUCUGUUGGGUCUGAUGGGAUGGGGGUGGCGGAGGAUGGGGCUGGUGACAGAAGGACUGGCUUCUCAUUGCAAGCACCCAAGUGAUAAUAUGGAGAGAUACACACUGGUUGCCUAUUAUUGUUUGCAUGUAUGUGGAACGCUUAGAAAGGAAAUAUCCUGUUUGGAGCUGUCAAUUUGGAACCUCAGACAUUUGUAGCUAAGAAAAUA